AGUGAACCUUUGGAGUUUGAUAUGAUGUGAUCACACACACACACACACACACACACACACACACACACGGGCCCCAUGAUGACACAGGAACACACACUCUCUGUUCAGAAUGACACAGCUCUGAUCGGAGGGAGGUGAUCUCUGAAAUUGCUCAGUGAGCACCCCUAAUUUCCCUGAUUUACAUUUCGCUGUCAAUCACACCCAAUGGAAUCCAAUCAGAAAGUAGGUGGGGACGGAGGGGCGGGAACACAGAAGGAGGCGGCGCUGCAGCUGCUCACGCAACGUACAGGAUACCAGCUGCGGCAGGAGAACGGCCAGCGGCGGUACGGUGGCCCACCGCCAGGCUGGGACGGCCCAGCGCCAGAGAGAGGCAGCGAGAUCUUUGUAGGGAAACUGCCGAGAGAUUUGUUUGAAGAUGAACUGGUUCCCCUGUGUGAGAAGUUUGGUAAGAUCUACGAAGUGAGGAUGAUGAUGGACUUUAACGGGAACAACAGAGGUUACGCCUUCGUCACAUUCAACACCAAACUGGAGGCUAGAACGGCCAUGAAGCAGCUCAACAACUAUGAGAUCAGGAACGGUCGCCUCCUCGGUGUUUGUGCCAGCGUCGACAACUGCCGGUUGUUUGUGGGAGGGAUUCCCAAAAGCAAGAAGCGCGAGGAGAUCCUGUCUGAGAUGAGGAAGGUCACUGAAGGCGUCGUGGACGUCAUCGUGUAUCCCAGCGCCGCCGACAAAACCAAGAACCGAGGCUUUGCCUUCGUGGAGUACGAGAGUCACCGGGCAGCUGCCAUGGCCCGUCGCAAACUGCUGCCAGGUCGUAUUCAGCUGUGGGGUCAUGCCAUCGCUGUGGACUGGGCGGAGCCGGAGGUGGAGGUGGAUGAGGAUACCAUGGCAGCUGUCAAGAUACUGUACAUCAGGAACCUGAUGCUGCAGACCACAGAGGAGACAAUCGAGAAGGAGUUCAACAGCCUCAAACCAGGUGCAGUAGAGCGAGUGAAGAAGAUCAGAGACUACGCCUUCGUUCAUUUCACCCAGAGAGAAGAUGCCAUCAGCGCCAUGAACGCUCUCAACGGAAAGAUGGUGGACGGAUCUCCUAUUGAGGUGACUCUGGCCAAGCCGGUGGACAAGGACAGUUACGUCCGUUACACCAGAGGGACGGGAGGACGAGGAGCAUCUCUGCUGCAGCCAGACUACGCUGCAUACACCGUGGGACAGGUGUAUGACCCCUCGGCAGCGUAUCUCGGUGCACCCGUGUUUUACGCCCCCCAGGCCUACGCUGCCAUACCAGGUCAGUUUCGUUUACCAGCAGCCAAAGCUCACGUCGGAGGUCGAGGUGUGAUCAGGACGCCAUCUGUCAGAGAAAUUUACAUGACUGUACCUGUAGGGGCUGCGGGGGUGCGGGGGCUGGGUGGGCGGGGCUACCUGGCCUAUGCCGCCGGGGGAGGAGCCAUGGGUCGAGGCAUCAGCGGCGCUGGUGGCACAUCUUACGGCCUGAAAGCGGAGAAGCAGACAGAGGAAAAGCUGUACGACCUCCUGCCCGGCAUGGAGCUGACCCCCAUGAGCCUGAAGGCCGCCGCCAUCAAACCUGCACCACAGGUUCUGGAGGAGCUGUGUCAGAAGAACAACUGGGGACAACCUGUCUAUCAGCUCCACUCUGCCAUUGGUCCAGACCAGAGACAACUGUUCCUCUACAAAAUCACCGUCCCAGCUUUGGCUACACAGUACCCCAACGUUCAUCCCUUCACCCCCGCCAAGCUGUGUGCUGCUGUAGAAGAAGCUAAAGUCCACGCCGCCGAGCACACCCUGCAGACGCUCGGCCUGCAGACAGAGGGCGCCGCUGACGCCAGCUGUGCUACUGCUGCCGCUGUGGCCUCAGUAGCCUUCCCAGGUUACACCCUGGCGAGUCCAGCGGUGUCGGCGGUCGCCUCCCAGCUGAAGCAGGCUGUGUCUCUGGGUCAGGACCUCACGGCCUACACCACCUACGAGGGCUACCCCGCCUUCGCUGUGGCCACACGCCACACCGACGGAUACGGCGUUUUCUAGAACAGCAGUUUCCAAAGAGGACAAACACUCGUAGCUGAGGUCACAUUCACACUGUACUUUUUUCAAACUACCAAGUGGCUGGUUUACAUUUAAAUCACUUCCUGAGAAAGAGAGGCAGAGUGAAAUCAGAUCUACAGGUUCUUCUCGCUGCUGACAUCGAACCACCAGCAGAUUUUACAGCCUGAUGAAACCUGACGAGUGAAAAAUGUCCAGAACUUCGUGUCGUCACAGAACCAUUUUGAAAAGAGCUGCUGAAAACGCUUCGCACUCGUCAGUCGCCCUGAAACGAAUUCCUCACAUUUUCUUUUCUCUGUGUGUUCUGUCUCUGCUCUUCGACCUUUAUUUGAAUGAUCUGCUCAGAGAUAACUGCGUUUUCCUUGUGAUUUAUCACCAGACGGCCUCUGAUUGGCUGUAGAUUUGCAUUCAUGUUUUGAUUUGUUGUUUUUUCCAGAUUCUAAACUUAUUAUUUGAUCCUUUUCUUGUGACCCUCUGUUCUUUUACCAGCUGAAGAGUUCAUUCUUGUACUUCAGAACAUUUUCUCGACUCUUUGUAAACUGUGUGGAGUGAAAAGUUGAGUUUGUAUCUGAAGAUGAUACUUGAUACUGGGAUGUUGAAAUGGAAACCCUGUCAUCGCCGUCGUUGUUAUCGUCACUGAGGCAUUCUGGACUCUUUAGUCCUUUUUAGUCCCAAGGAAAAUGAUGUCAGACAUUUGACACAUCAUUAAAUAUGAGAACAAUUCUUUUAGGUUCAUUCCCUCUUUUUAAUUUUCUUACAUUUUAAGAAAAACAACAAAUCUCAAUUUCCUCAUCAUCUUCUGAAAAGCUUCAUAAAACUAACUGUCAGAGGGAGCUGUAAAAAGUAAACCUCAAUACUUCUCCCUCUAGUGGUGACUACGAGUGUGAGUUGUGAAUUUUGUAUUUCUUUGACGAUGAUGAUGAAUCCUGCAUUAAUCUUCAGUAUGUGUUUGUUUCUGGAGAGUUUUCCACCUGACGACGUCGGAGCUGUGAGACAGUAUUAAAGUGCUCGAAGCACUUAGAACUUAUUUUUAUACCAGGAAGAAGAAAAAUAUUCAGACGCUUUGUACAGAGUUAUUUCACAUUCGUUUGCGUCCAAAUUAACUUGGAAACAGAAAGUGUGAAGUGGAGUCAGAGUAAAUCGGUGCUGAUGGUUCAUGUGAGUGUUUUGUUUUGAGUUUUCACAUCAAAUAUAUUCUGAUGCUUCAUGAUUCCUAAUCUUCCUGAAAUAAAGAAAAGUGAAGAAGCA